AAUAUAUUUUGGGAUAUUACAGUAACAACAUGAACAGCAUCGCAGGAGUAACAGAACCAUUUCAGGUGCAAUUGCCCAUGUCCACUCCACCAGCACCAGCUUGUCGUUCACGCUCUGACAGUUCGGAUAUGAGCUCUGAAGAUGACAGUACGCUGGUCCUGUUGGCCCCGAGCUCUCGCAGCCCCAGCCCUGGAAACCACAGCGGCAAACGCCACCACCACCAGAAGCGCCAGCGGAGCCGCAGUCCCGCUGUAACAGCACUCUCCAGCACGCCUCUUCCGUCCCUGCAGUCUCUCAGCCUGUGUCCUCGUCCCCGAGAUGGUCCCCAAAAGACCUCCUCCCCACGCCCUUCAACCAAUGCUAAGAAGGAGCGUCUGGUUUCUCCGGACUCAUUAACCUCACCCUCCCUCAGUCCUCUUAGUCCGAGGAGCCCAGGAUCACCUGGAAAUGGCGUCAGUGCUCCAGAGGCUCUCGUAGCAGCCAUUUUAGGAGAGCCCAGACCUGCUCAAAUAGGAAAACCAGGUGAUGUGAUUCUAUGACCUUCCUUCCCUGUGAUUCAUUUCUAGACUUUAGGAGAUAUCGCAAUGCAACUACUUGAGCAAAGUGGCCUGUUUCUUCUGUCGCUUUUCAGACCUGCAGUUGUUCAGGGUCUCAUACCUUGUUGUGCUUAAUUGCUUCACAAACCCUUCCUCUUCCUCAGUGGCUUUGCCAAUAUGGUCUAUUUGUUUUUAUAUUUGCAUUAUUUAUGAUAGAUUGUAAAUGGUGACAGUUCGACCGUGCACAUCAGCCUUAUAGUGCACGACAACCUAACCCAAGGUGAAACUGUUCUGUAACCGUAGACUUCAAACAAACAGUGAUGUCAGCAGUCAUUUCAGCCUUUACCGUAACUAGUGGUUGACCAGUGUUUAAUGGCUGAUGUCUAGAAAAGUAGAAUUAAGGAAAACAGUGCUUAUGUGAAAGCUGAUGAUCAAAUGGGAUACUAUGGGGUGUUUUAAAGUUAAUAACCCUGGUUGUAUGAUUGUUUCAAACAUGAUUUGUUGUAUUUAAUUAUUUGAAUUUAGGAAGCCAUUAAAUAAACUAGGGAUAGUAUUUUGUUCACAUCCAAUGUGGUUCAAAAGUCUGAAACCACACUGAAAAUGUGGGAUUCAAAGUCUGAUUUAAACUAGAAAACCUGCAAAAAAAUUCUAAAUUUCUUAAUGCUGUGUUCACACCAGAAGCUGAACGCGCAAAUAAAUCAUACUAUUCAUGCGAUAAAAAAACGUGUGAACAUUUUGAGUUUAAUCGCUUCAUUCGCGCGUCAAAUUUGCCUUAUUUCACGAGUUAAAUUAACUUUACAAUAGAUGCGAAUUCACAUCAUAGGCAGGGCUUCUGUCUGUCCGGUAAUUCUAGCUUUGUUGCUAAAUGGCUAACAAGAAUUUUAUUAAGAGAAUUGCUGUGUUUAUGUGCUUUAGGAAGGCUGAAAAACAGCGUAGAUAUGUUCGGCACCAUGUCUAAGUCCACUAGAUGCUUUCAGAAGUUCAUCAACUUCUCCAGAAUCUAUACCUGGAUGAUGGGGGCUUUCAGGUGCA